UGAAAUUUAAGCGGUGGAAAAGAUCAAACUGAUUUUGACUUAAGUCAGAUCAAAACUGUUGCUGGCGCAAACAAGGAAAAACAUUCUUGGCUCAAGCUUCGACGCUAAUGAACCAACAAACUUGACACUAGCUACGAGGGGGUAAUCGUGGCUAUCAGAUCCUUUUAUUGCAUCGCUUUCAGCCAUUUAGUUUGAAUUACCUUAAGUUAUAAGUUCAGCUGUACGUAAACACAUAUGUUAGUAACUCAUACCACGGACUCUUUAGCAUCCUGUUUAUCUACUUCAAGGAAUUUCACUACGUGAGCUGGAUUAAUUUUUUGAAUUGCGCUGAAGGAAAUUCCAAGUCUUCUUGCGAGAUCUUUCCAGUCUUGUCACUCUCACCAAUGUUGAAGAACUUGCGCACGGUGUUGCAUCUCGCCAUUUCAAACAAGGCAGUAAGAUGAACUCGACAUCAGAGGCAACCGUACAAAACUUGUACCACGACCAGAUGGCAGUCAAAGUAACAAUGACUCUUCUUUAUGUCAUUAUCUUGAUCGUGAGUAUCCUUGGCAAUGCUAUGGUCAUAACAAUCAUUUGCAGGUUUAAACAUUUAAAACGCGUUCCCGGCAAUCUUUUCAUUGUAAAUCUCGCUUUGUGCGAUUUGUUGACCCCGCUGAUUAGCAUUCCACUUGAAAUGGUGUUGGUAGAAAACAACAACACGUGGCCAUUUGGGUCCACCUUGUGCAAGUUGUUUCCAGCAACUGCAACGUUAUUCGCGACUUCUUCAUCUCUUACACUGGCUGCAAUAUCACUGGAUCGAUAUAGAACACUGAUGCAUCCAUUCAAACAGCGUUUGGACACAAGAACUGUCAAGAUACUUAUUGCGUUUGUGCAUUGCUGUUCAGGGAUCUUGGUCGUUCCCCAUUUGAUAACCUCGCGAUUGUCACCAAACUCCACCUGUCAAGAAGUUUGGCCGAACGAAGUACUCUCCAAGAUUUACACAUUUGUUCUGUUUCUUGCUCAAUACGCUCUCCCACUGAUAUUCAUGGCCUUCAUGUACAUCCACGCAGCAUGGAAUCUCUUCGCGACCACGAGCAGAGCACGAUCCUUAUCAGUUUCAUCCGCAUCGUCGAAGGGUAGAAGAAAUGGGUCAUCAAAACCGGCCGACACUGGGCUAAAAGACUCAGAAGAUGGAAGCUCAUUAAGCAGCACCUUAGAAAAACAUUUUAGUCAGCACAGGGAACAUAAUGCUCAAGUUACUAAAGUUUUUGUUUUUAUAGUUGUGGUGUUCGCUUUGUUUACGUUGCCGAUUGAGGUCCUUUGGAUUUGGGGAGACUUUGCUGGAGGGAAAACCCACAGACUCUUCCCAAUUAUUGCCAUCAUCUGUCGUCUCUUCACCUACGCCAAUAGCUGUUUAAAUCCAUUUAUCUUCUACAAGUUUAACCGCCAUUUUCAUCAGGGGUUUGUGGCCUUCUUCAGACAUCCGUCGUCUUGCGGAGAUGAUAACUCAAUGAAACACGACAGCAGUUCUCCCGUUGGAAAUGGAAAGUACACUCCUAUGUGGCUAACACCGCGUGGAUCACUGAGCACGCCAAGGUUCUUGACACCCAGAGGAUCAUUUCAAAGUGCUCCGACACAUUCAGGGAGCUUUUUGGAUCACCAGUCAAAGACAAAUCAUGACUGUAACAAAACGAAAAACAGCUUGGACAUCCCUUCGAUGGACCAACCGAGUGGUAAUUCGAAAGAGAACCAACUCAGUGCAGAUAAACUGGGUUUCCCAGCUUUGAAAAGUGCCUCGGAUCCUUGCAGUUCGAAUGCUAACUGCAAUAUAUCUAUAAACGUUUCCUUUUACGAAAGCGAUCUCACCAUUGCGUUGGACAAGUUAGAUUCUCUCAUAGGUCUUCCCCAGACAGACUGUUAGUUGGGAAAUUCUUCAUAUUUUAUCAUGACACUGAUUUAUCUGAAAAAUCAAACUUUAUGGAGUGACAAGGGUAGGCUAACAGCCGCCUUCCCGAAAUGUACUGUAAAUCUCUUGUAGAGCGGUACAGUCAAAGAAUUGUCCAUGCAGAACUUCAUUUUAUAUCCAUGCAGAACUUAUUUUUUAUGUCCAUGUAGAACUUGCGUCAUUGUGACCUCAAAUAAAACUAACUGAAAAAUAACGAGAGACACGAGUUUUCAAAACAAUUUCCUCAUUAUUUUUUAUUCAAUUUUAUAAACGGUCAUCGAUAUAUGAUAUAUAAUUGUCAAAUGCUCUACAAUUAAACUUCGACCAGCCGAGAAAUUUUACAGAUUUUAUCUUAAGUUAACGUAAUUUAUUAAAAGUUAUAAUGUAUAUCCUGA